CGCGUUAUUCCGUUGGAUUCAGCCAGCAUGAGCGGGACCGGCCCGAGAUCGGAACAAAAAGGCACGCGGCUCGGAAAAGCCCAUCGGGAAAGUCGCCGAGGUCGGCAGCAUCUACACCACCUCAUUUGACGCUCCAGACGCUCGCGACUGAGCCCAUGCAACUCCCCGAUGGCCUCUCGGUCCCCCGGUUAUAUAUAACACAACAUAACGCUGCAAAGGGGUUCGUUUACAGCCUCAUAAACCGGGUUUCGAAGGCUGUACCACCAUGUCUCCUUCCGUCGUGGCUCCUACGGCUUCCACAAUCACAGACAUAAAAGCCCACGUGAAGAGCGGCGAUGCCACUGUCAGGGAGGCACUUGAAGCGGCAAAGGCACGCUUUACAGUGAGAAACCCGACGAGCUUGAAGUUCCACGAGGAGGCUGUUAAGAGCUUGCCCGGUGGGAAUACAAGGAGCUUGCUGCAUACAGCCCCUUUUCCAGUCUUCAUCAAGAGCGGGAAGGGGUACCAAGUAACAUCAGAGGAUGGCCACACAUACACGGAUUUUGUUGGCGAGCUCACGGCUGGUCUUUUCGGACACUCACAGCCCUUGAUCCAAGAUGCCCUCGUCGGCACCAUCCGUGAUGUUGGCCUCAACCUAGGUGGAACAACCAAGCUCGAAGCCCAACAUGCCUCUCUGAUCUGCAGCCGCUUCAAUCUCGACUUGAUCAGGUUCACCAACUCGGGGACGGAAGCCAACCUGCAUGCCAUUCAGGGAGCCAAACGCUUCACAAGAAAGCGGAAGGUUGUCGUAUUCACUGGUGGGUAUCACGGAGGUUGCUUCAGUUUCCCUGAAGAUAAGCCAGCGGUGAACUGCGUAGACCAGGACGAUUGGAUAAUCGCAGAGUACAACGAUGUUGAGGAUGCGAGGAGAAAGAUCGAAGAGAGUGGAGACAUCGCGGCCGUUCUCGUCGAAGGCAUGCAAGGCCACGGACCGUGCAUCGUCGGUACCUAUGAAUUCCUCCACCAGAUCCAGGAAUCGGCGCGGAAGGUUGGCGCAUUGUUCGUCCUCGAUGAGGUCAUGACGAGUCGUCUGUCAGGAGGAGGCCUGCAGCAACUAGAGGGCUUGAAGCCGGAUCUUACGACCAUGGGAAAAUAUCUCGGCGGCGGGAUAACGUUUGGCUGCUUCGGCGGCAGGGAGGAAAUCAUGCGUGUCUACGAUCCGCGUGACGGCAACGCACUCGGCCACUCUGGAACCUUCAACAACAACACGCUCGGCAUGGCCGCGGGUUACACCGGCCUCUCGCAAGUCUACACUCCCGAAGUAGCUCGCGAUUUCAAUGCCAUGGGCGACAGGCUCCGGAAGAAGCUGCAAGAGAUCGGCCAAGGCACGAAGAUGACUAUCACAGGGCGAGGAACCAUCAUCGGCAUUCACUUCUUGAAGGACGGAAGGAAAGAGCUGAAGAGCUUCAGGGAUAGACAGGAUGAGGUAGAGCUGCGAGAGUUGUGGUGGUUCGAGAUGAUGGAGGACGGGUUUUGGAUCACGAAGCGCGGGAUGCUCGCGCUGAUUCUUGGGACGCCGUGGGACGAGCUAGAGAGGUUAGUUGGUUGCGUGAGCGGCUUUUUGAAGAGGCAUGAAGCGCUGGUGAAGCUUUAGAAAACUCCGCCGUAUAUGAUCUAGCUUCAGAGAAGACCUCCUCGAGGGUAGGUUUCAGUAUUGCGCUGCACGUCAGCAUGUCUUUGUCCAGGCUGCAAACAUCCGCUCAAAGGACUUCAAGGCACUACGCAUAAAUUAGCUUGCCGUUCGGACCAGCGUUCAGAAAAAUUAUGAAGCCGCGUAGUCGCGUGAGACUCCAUG